GCUGUAAACAUUUGGCAGCGGUGCGGUUUCGUGGUAGGAUCAGGACUACCACCCCCUGCCCUCUCCCUUUUACCCUCUUCCUGCUCCCCCACAACUCCUGAAUGCUGGACCUCCCUAUUUUGCCUUCUACUGACAUGACUGACAACUGGCUGAAUGUGCAAUCAGAGGAAGAGAAAGGUCAGGAAAGCAGCAUGGUGGAUUCAGGCAACUUGGACGACAGCUUGACCAGCUUACAGUGGCUUCAGGAGUUCUCCAUCAUCAAUGCCAACAUGGGCAAGUCCUCCUCCUCCCCGUGCAGCACUGAUCCCCAUGGUUAUCACAAGAUUCCUGGAUCAGCUGCACCAUGUUCUCCCUUGGCUGGUGAUCCAGCUUGCAUGGGGAUGCCCCAUACUCCAGGCAAACCCAUCUCCUCCUCCACAUCCAGGACUACACAUCUGCAAGGCCAACCACUGGAAGACAUAGAUUACAAGACUAAUCCCCACGUGAAGCCUCCUUAUUCUUAUGCCACACUCAUAUGCAUGGCAAUGGAAACGAGCAAGAAAACCAAAAUCACCCUCUCAGACAUCUACAAGUGGAUUACAGAUAAUUUCUGCUACUUCCGGCAUGCUGAUCCCACAUGGCAGAACUCCAUUAGGCAUAACCUGUCCUUGAAUAAGUGCUUCAUCAAGGUGCCACGAGAAAAGGAUGAACCCGGAAAAGGUGGCUUCUGGAAAAUUGAUCCUCAGUAUGCAGACAGACUGAUGAACGGGGCAUUCAAAAAGCGCAGGAUGCCCCCUGUGCAGAUCCAUCCAGCCUUUAGUGGCAGAAUCCAACAAGAUGCCAGCUCUAGUUCUUCUGCUAACCAAGUGGCGACUUCUUGGAAAAACAGCAUUCUGAAAAUCAAUACGGAGUCUCAACAACUGCUCAAAGAGUUUGAAGAAGUCACCAGCGAUCAAAACUGGAAUCUUGUGGAUGGGAAAAUGAGCCAUAAACGCAAACAGCAACUACCAAAACGGAUGUGCAAGGCAGCCCGCCUCUCCAGUUCCCCCAUGCUUACUCAGGAAGAACAGACAGAGCUUGGGUCUCUGAAAGGUGACUUUGACUGGGAGGCUAUCUUCGAUACCACCUUAAAUGGUGAUUUUUCCACCUUUGAGGAUCUGGAGAUCACCCCUCCUAUUAGCCCAAUAACCAGGGAUGUAGACCUGACUGUGCAUGGAAGGCAUAUUGACUGUCCACAGGAAUGGUGCCCGGUUGGACAAGAUUAUGUCCUAACAGAAUCCAACCAGAACAGCUUGGACUUUGAUGAAACCUUAAUUGCUACUUCUUUCCUUCAGCACCCCUGGGAUGAAGGGACAAAUGAUUACCUCUCAAGUUCUGUCAACAUGGAUCCUCUGUUUGAACUCAGCGACCCUUCUUUGCAGACAGAAAUGAAUGACUGGAACAAUGCUGGGUGUCUUUAA